UCAACUUCCGUUCGCCUCGCCCGAUGACACUUAUCGUAACACUCACGUCACGCAUUCACCAUCGUACUCACCACGUCAAGCGUGCGCUAAAGAAGUUUUACUUCAAAAACGUAUAUAGUAUGUUUCCGUCUCGUAGCAGCCCUACGUUAGACGGUAAUGCAGCGUUUGUGAUACCAAUAAUUUAGUCAGUCUCGUGAGGUCGAGCGGAGCGAACGUGUGCAACGAAUCGUUCCCAAACAAUUUAAUGUAUAUUACGUAUUCGUAAAAUUUUAUAUUUUCUAAAAUUGUGCAAGUUAAACAGUGUGUGUAUAGAGACGUGAUUUUGUUUCAUUGCCUUCUUUUUUGGAACUUACUAUGAAACAGAAAGUGCAUUUCUCAACCGAGGCACGUGUGGUGCGGACUUUAAAGUUGGAACGUUAAUUUAAAAAUAAAAAAAUAAAAAAAAAAACGUGUAUAUACGUGUGCGGUGCGUUCCGGCGGGCGUGCAGUUGUUCGCGUGACGUCGUGAUAGGUGCACACGCCCGCCAAUGCGGCGGCGGCGGGCGCGCGAUGUCGCCGCCGCGGGCGCUGCUGGCGGCUCUACUUCUCUGCCAACUGCUGUCGUACGGUGGCCACCAAGGACUCACCAAGAUAUUCUACACGUUACCUGACACGGGACAGCCUCCAAUACUCAUCUCUUUAGCAGACAAUGCGAAAUUGGAUUUGAGAACGCCGGAUGAAUUAUUGUUCGCAAAUGACUCAGAACAGCACAAUGAUACUAGUUUCACGAUCGUUGACAGCGAAGACGAUGAUGAGGAAGAAAAAACGUCUGCGGACAACGCUCAAAAAGAUAGUACGGAACCUCGCCUCGUAGUGAAAGCGAGGCCCAUGCAUGAAACAAGACAGACAGAGGAUGCAUUUUCAAGCACCACGCCUAUUCCAGAAAUAGAGACUACGGUAGAAUCUCACACUGAAGAAAAAUUAGAAGAAAACAUUCCUAUUAAACCAGAAACUCCACAAGAAGACAUACCUUCAUUCUCUGAAUGGGCGCAGAAGCAGUUAGCAGAAGCCGAAAAGAAAGACACAGUGCUGAACCAUUCGAGUCAACCUAGUCAUAGCAAUACAAAUUUUAGCAGCAAGAGCACUAAGUUACGAUCUAAAAAUUACGCUUCGCUCGCGUGUGGCGCUAAAGUCGUCGCUGUGAAUCCUGAAGCGGGAUCAGCAAGCUCCAUUUUAUCUCCGAAUAGAGAUGAGUACAUGCUAAACACAUGCAAUAGUCGCAUUUGGUUCGUCGUAGAACUGUGUGAAGCUGUUCAAGCACAAAAAAUAGAAAUAGCUAAUUUUGAGCUGUUCUCAUCGACUCCGAAGAAUAUCGCUGUAUAUUUCAGUGAUCGUUUCCCUACUCGGGACUGGGCUGACGUCGGUCAGUUUACAGCGCAAGACAUGAGAGAUGUACAAAGUUUUGAUUUGUAUCCACAUUUGUUUGGUAAAUUUAUUAAAGUUGAGCUAUUGUCUCAUCAUGGCUCCGAACAUUAUUGCCCCAUUUCAUUAUUUAAGGUUUAUGGCACUUCAGAAUUUGAAGUUCUAGAGAAGGAGAGUUCUCAACAUUCGUCUCACAUAGAUGACGAUGAAGACGACGAGAUAAUCGACGUCCCCGACGUACCAGCGGCAGAAACGGAGCCAUCAAAAAACCUUUUUGGUUCCGCGAGAGACGCCGUUAUGUCGAUUAUGAAGAAAGCUGCUCAAGCAUUAGUUAAAACAGAAGUUCCUAAGAAUAUUUCCAGUGAACGUUACGAUACGUUAGCGGAUAAAAUGUACAAAAAGUGUUGUUCACCCAGCCAUAUAAUAGUGUGUGAUAAUUGUAGUAAAACGCUUUACAAUGACGUGUAUGAACUGCUUAGUUGUACCUCUGACAAGUUGAUGAGUUUAGUGCGGCAAGUGUUCCUAAGAGACACUCUUAAGUGCACAAGUGUGUGUCAAACGUACGGUUUAGAUUUUAAAAGUACAAAGACUAUAGAAUUCGGUGAAGAACGCGUAGCGUACAUAAACGCUUUGUUCCCCCCUAAGUAUUUAGCGGCUUUGUGUAACAUUCUAGCGAUUAAAGAGAAAAAAGUGGUCCUUAACACAAGUUUUGAAACCGAAGCGAAUGUUACCUCUAAUAUUACUAUAGAUGAGUCACCGCAGAAGCUUAAUAGUGAAACAAAUUCAGAGCAAGAUAUUAAGUUAGUACCUAUUAAGAAUGAAACAGCUGACGAUAAAAUCAAUGAAAUGACGCAAGCGGACGAUAACAUUGUUGUACCGGAACAGAAAUCUGAGGAUCUACCAAUAGAACUACCUAAAGUCGAGAAAGAAAAAUCAGGUACAUGUAAGGAAGAUCUUCAAACAAUUCUCGAAGGAAAACAACCUAUAGCAGAACCUCACGAGGAGCCUGUCACUGAAGAUAAACUAGUAGAAAGUAAUAGUGAAAGUGAAACUAAAGACGCUCCUUUGAAAACAGAUGUUAAAAAUGGAAAAGAUGUCGUUACAGAAAAACCUAAAGAAAUAAAUAACGUUGGCGAUGAAAUGAGCGAUCAAGUGCUAAUCGAUAGUGAAAAUUUCAUGACGGAUCUUGAUCAGAUAGCGGUCGACCCUACACCCGUGGGUAAUCAAGCCACAUUAAAUCAAAAUCAAGCCCAAGCAACUUUACAAAAGGAAUCGGUAUUUUUAAGGCUGUCAAACAGAGUAAAGACACUAGAAAGAAACAUGUCUCUGUCGGGACAAUACCUCGAAGAGUUAAGCAGACGAUACAAGAAACAAGUAGAAGAAAUGCAGAAGUCCUUCGAGAAAACUAUGGUACAAAUGACUGAAGAAAGGCGGAAAAGCAACGAACGUGAGCAGAAGUACUUAGAACAAAUGACGCAGUUGCAAGAUCAACUUGUACAGUUGACCAUUGCGAUGACGAUCCUCAUGGACGAUAAAGACAGUUGGUUUGGAAACAUAACCUUCACAAAAUUUAUCAUUUACCAAUCAAUGAUAAUAACUAUCAUAUUCUAUUACGUCUCGAAGAGAAAAAAACCUGAAACCAUAAUGGUGCCAAUUCCAAAGAAAAUCAAGAAAAAACAGGAUAGGUUUAGGAGAAAAUCAGUAGAAGGUGUUAGUGGGCACGCGACUCCGUCUGCGAAAAAGCGUAGGCCAAGCGAGGAAGCAUUCCAAAUAGCGAGACAAUCUACUGAUGAUAUGGACAGAGAACACGAUUUGGGUGAAUGGCAAAUCGCUAAGAAGAACAGGAGAAGAAAAACUGCAAACAACAACCACAGGAGUAUAGAAUCAGAUAUCAAAGAAUCAUCUAAUGCCCAAGACGGUAUUAGGGAGUUACAAGAAAACCCAAAUAUUACUCUAGACGAGGGUGUGUACUUCGCUCCUGUGCCGGAGCCAAAAGAAUUUACAGUGAAUGAAACUAAAGAAAAAGAGUUACCAAAAACGAACGGUUCGUUCUUCAAUAAUUUAAAAACGAAGACAAUGAAGACGAGACGAUUAUCGUCCCCGGCCUUCCUGAGGACUCUCAAUCGUCAGAGUAGUAGGAGCACGCCUAGUCCAGAUGUGAGAACUUUAGAACCGAUAUUCAAUGGAAAAUUAGGAAAGAAAGCGGCUUCCGAAUCGCCUACAGGAAGCCUCUGGUCGGAAUCGACAGACAUCUCUCAGAACGGACCGGCAGAGAGCGAAAGCGGCGCCAAGAAGAAGAAAAGUCUUAAAAACAUACUUAAAAAAGUAUUUUGAGAACUUACGAGUGAUUGUUUUACAUGUGCUUUGUUAUAGAUUGCUAUGUCUCAUUUAUUAUUAUAUAUUUUAUUGUUUAAAUUAUUGUAUAAAAUUAUUUGCAUCAUUGUUAGACCUCUAUAGGUGCCAAUUGUGAUAAAUUAGGAAGCCUAAUGCUAUUUCAAUUAUUAUUAUUUUUAUUUUUGGCAGUUAUUUUGCAAGUAUGCCAGUAUUUUAUGAAUGACAAUAAGAGAAAUUGUGGAAUGUAGACACUAGUCGGGUGAGUCGGUAAACAAAGAAAUGGCAUUAAAUGCGUUAAUUUUA